AUGAGGAAGGAGUUCUGGUACAUGGUGGUAUGCAACGCCGCUGUCCUCCUCUUGCUUCUAUAUGUGUGCUUCGACCUACUAACGCUUGCUGCUGAUGAUGCUACUGGCGAAGCGUUACUAAAGGCCGAUUUGAACCCCCCAAGUGGCAGUAACCGUCCCAUGUUGAUUCCAAAAAUCAUCCAUCAGACGUACAAGACUGCAGACGUCCCUGAAGAGUGGAGGGAGGGUCAGCAGCGGUGCAAGGACUUGCAUCCGGACUACGAGUACAAGUUUUGGACCGACGAACAGGGACGAGAGUUUAUUAAAGAGCAGUUUCCGUGGUUUUUGAAGACAUUUGAUUCAUACCGUUAUCCCAUCCAGAGAGCAGAUGCUAUACGCUACUUCUUACUCUUACACUUUGGAGGUGUUUACAUCGACUUGGAUGACGGAUGCAAGAGGAAGUUGGAUCCCUUGCUAACUGUCCCCGCGUUCCUUCGGAAAACCUCUCCAACUGGAGUUUCUAAUGACGUUAUGGGCUCUGUACCGGGGCAUGCUUUCUUCAACAAAACUGUACACUCUCUAUCACACUAUGAUAGAAACUGGUUUAUUCCCUAUCUCACUAUCAUGUUUUCAACAGGUCCGCUCUUUGUGUCGGUGGUGUGGAAGCAAUACAAGCGGUGGGGGGUCCCAGCCGACCAACAGGUACGGAUUAUCCAGCCGCAGGAUUAUAAAAUGCACGACGACUCGUUUUUUUCCAUAGCGCCUGGCUCAUCCUGGCAUCUCAAUGAUGCCAACUUUAUCAAGGACUUGUCAAACCAUAUUUUAGCGUGUGUUGUCCUUGGUUUUGUUAUUGGGUUCGUUCUUCUGUACUGCGAGUACUGCUUCUACUACUGGUUGAAGCAAGGUGGGCUUUCUAACCUCUAUAACGCCGUGUGCAAACUGCUACGCUUCAAGCGCGAACAAUACAGACCAGUAGCGACUUCCGUACCAGACUACGUCCGGCAACACAACUUUUUGCAUUCAAAUAGACCAAGGAAGGAUUCAAAUAUAUACCAAAUUGAGGUGUAA